AGCCAGGAAUUUACUGGCGCCGCUUGGAUAUAUCCGUUCGAUAUUUUUCACUCUAAAAGCAAGAAAUCGCGGUCUCCAUCCGCGGAUCGCCUUGCCCAGCAAAUAUCUGCUGGGUGUUAGCUGCUCAUCGAAAAGCCCCUUCUCCCCAGUUCGAGUUCCGAGUCCAGAAUUGGGAGCACUAAACGCUGUCAAUGGACUCUGUUAUACACCUCGACACUCUGCUGCUGCCUGGUCCUGGCUUCUCUUCCAACCACCACCGGCCCUGCGUCUUCCGUUUUUCACCUCCCACCUGGAACAGUUACGGUGCCUCCUCCAUUAAUGUUCCCUGCUUCCACCGCUUCCGUCGAGUUCUGAGGAUUCGUGGAUCACUGGUGGCCGCUUCCAGCUCUCUCGCGACUAAUUCAGUCCCGUCUAGGAGUGGUGUUUAUACUGUUGGUGACUUUAUGACAAAGAAGGAGAACUUGCAUGUCGUAAAGCCAACAACAUCUGUAGAGGAAGCUCUGGAAACUCUUGUUGAACACAGAAUAACUGGUUUUCCUGUCAUAGAUGAUGAUUGGAAUUUAGUUGGUGUUGUUUCAGAUUAUGACCUGUUAGCAUUGGACUCUAUAUCAGGCCAUGGACGAAUAGAUAACAGCAUGUUUCCUGAAGUUGACAGUACUUGGAAAGUAUGUGAAAAAUCCUCCCCGCGGACUUUCAAUGAGCUUCAGAAACUGCUUAGCAAGACCAACGGGCAGGUGAUUGGUGAAUUAAUGACCCCCACUCCUAUGGUUGUUCGGGAGACCACCAAUCUUGAGGAUGCUGCAAGAUUAUUGCUGGAGACCAAAUUUCGACGACUUCCAGUUGUAGAUGCUAAGGGAAGGCUGGUCGGCAUUAUCACAAGAGGAAAUGUGGUCAGAGCCGCUCUUCGAAUUAGAGGGGAGAUCGAAAAGAAAGCAUGACACGAUUUAGAAGACCAUUCAUAUGAUUUAUUGUUUGAAUUGGUGGACGAUACUAGCUUUGAAUAGGAUUAAAAUUUUGGCAUAUGCAUGCAUACGUGCAUAUCAGUUAUAGUGUUGCUUUGCUAUUACAGGAAUGUCAAUCGUCAUUUAAUUAUUUAAUGACCAACUCUCCCUUGUAAAAUUACCCCUAUAUAUUCUGAAACUCAGUCUGAUGUUUGGCAUAAAACUGAAAACCGACGCAAUAAAGUGAUGAGCAUGACGUGAGUGAAUCUUUACUAGACCCUGCAA